GCACCUACCACAGUGAGAACGAAGUCAACCCGUCAGACGACCUGGACUACAGACACCACAACUACAAGGAGAUGAGACAGAUGAUGAAGGUGAUAAACGAAGAGUGUCCCAACAUCACCAGGAUCUACAACAUCGGGAAAAGCUCUCAGGGCCUGAAACUGUACGCCAUGGAGAUCUCCGACAACCCCGGAGAGCACGAGACAGGUGAGCCUGAGUUUCGGUACACAGCUGGUCUCCAUGGUAACGAGGCGCUGGGCCGAGAGCUUCUCCUCCUGCUGAUGCAGUUUCUGUGCAAAGAGUACAAUGACGAGAACCCCAGAGUGCGCCGCCUGGUGGACGGAGUGAGAAUACACCUGGUGCCUUCGCUCAACCCCGAUGCUUACGAGCUGGCCUACGAGAUGGGCUCUGAGAUGGGGAACUGGGCUCUGGGCCACUGGACCGAAGAAGGAUACGACAUCUUCCAGAACUUCCCAGACCUCAACAGCAUCCUGUGGGGAGCCGAGGACAGAGGCUGGGUCCCUCGCAUAGUGCCCAACCAUCACAUCCCCCUCCCAGAAAACGUCUUCAAUGGCUCUGUGAGUUUGUUUUUAACCCCGGCUACGACCCUGCGUCCUCAUAUGAGGACGUUACUGUUUGGGAUCUCUGCAGCUUAUAACAUCCCAGUUAAAUUAGACCUGUCCUCCUUC